AUGACACGCACACCCAUCAUGAAGCGUCUCAUGACGCUCUUCAAAAAGACACACGACUCUGACCAGAGCUAUCCGAGCGAUCUCGAGAAGCAGUUCAUUGUCACCAAAAAGACUCUUGGCGUCGGAUCCUUUGCAGUCGUCAAGGAAUGUAUUAGGCGAUCGGAUAAUCGGCCCUUUGCUCUCAAGAUUAUUUUGAAGAAGGCUAUUGCUGGCAAGGAGCAUAUGUUGGACAGUGAACUAGACAUCCUCAAGUCAGUUGAGCAUCCCAAUAUUGUAUCCAUGGUCUACUUGUCCGAAACCACCGAAUCAGUCUACAUUGUGAUGGAGCUUGCAAGUGGAGGUGAAUUGUUCCAGCAGCUAUUGCAGAAAGGCAGCUACACUGAAAAGGACGCGUCCAAUUUGGUGCGACAAAUGCUACAAGGUCUUGCCUAUUUGCAUGAUCAAGAUAUUGUACAUCGUGACAUCAAGCCUGAAAAUCUUUUAUUUGACACCAAAGAAGAAGGUGCCACACUCAAGAUUACCGACUUUGGCCUAUCCAAGAUCCUCAAAAACCACAAUGAUAUCCUUAUGACAGCAUGUGGUACGCCUGGUUACGUUGCCCCAGAGAUUUUGUUGCAAUCGGGCCAUGGAAAACCAGUGGAUUUGUGGAGCGUUGGUGUCAUCAUGUAUACGCUGCUAAGUGGUUAUACCCCAUUCUGGGGAGAAGAUCAAACUGCCUUGUUUGAAAGUAUCAUGUCUGGCAAUUAUGAGUAUGACGAGGAAUAUUGGGAAGACAUUUCAGAUGAUGCCAAGGACUUGAUUGAUCGCCUAUUGACAUAUCACCCAUCCAAGCGUAUCACCGCCAAAGAGGCUCUCGAGCAUCCAUGGAUCACCAAGGAACACGAUGAGAAUGCAACCAACUUGGCACCUAAUAUCCGCAAGGGCAUUGAUAGCCGUAAAUCGCUCAAAUCGGUUGUCACCGCCAUGACGCUCUUGAACCACUGGAAGAAUUUGGAAGACGUGCCUGAGGAUGAAGAUGAGACAAGUGAUGAGGAGACUGUCCAUGGCCUUGGAGUGCAUUAG